CGCCGCGGAAGAUGGGGGAUGCCGCGGACCCCCGGGAGAUGAGAAAGACCUUCAUUGUCCCAGCCAUCAAGCCCUUCGACCACUACGACUUCCCCAGGGCCAAGAUCGCCUGCAAUCUGGCCUGGCUGGUGGCCAAAGCCUUCGGGACAGACAAUGUGCCAGAGGAACUCCGGGAGCCCUUUUACACGGAUCAGUAUGACCAGGAGCACAUCAAGCCACCGGUUGUCAAUUUGCUUCUGUCAGCUGAACUGUACUGCCGGGCUGGAAGUCUCAUUCUCAAGAGUGAUGCUGCAAAACCCUUGUUAGGCCAUGAUGCUGUCAUCCAGGCUUUAGCCCAGAAAGGUCUUUAUGUCACUGACCAGGAAAAGUUAGUAACUGAACGAGAUCUCCACAAGAAGCCCAUUCAGAUGAGUGCUCAUUUGGCUAUGAUAGAUACCCUGAUGAUGGCUUACACUGUAGAAAUGGUCAGCGUAGAGAAAGUAAUUACGUGUGCUCAGCAGUAUUCAACUUUCUUUCAAGCCACAGACCUACCCUAUGAUAUCGAGGAUGCUGUCAUGUACUGGAUCAAUAAGGUAAAUGAACAUUUAAAAGAUAUAAUGGAACAAGAGCAGAAGCUGAAAGAACAUCACACAAUUGAAGCUCCAGGAGGCCAAAAGUCUCCUUCCAAAUGGUUUUGGAAACUGGUCCCAGCUCGCUAUAGGAAAGAGCAGACAUUGCUUAAGCAGUUGCCUUGCAUCCCACUGGUAGAAAAUUUGUUGAAAGAUGGUGCAGACGGCUGUGCGGUAGCUGCGCUCAUCCAUUUCUACUGCCCUGGAGUGGUUAGACUAGAAGAUAUUUGUUUGAAAGAAACCAUGUCUUUGGCUGAUAGCCUGUAUAAUCUGCAACUGAUUCAAGAAUUUUGCCAAGAAUAUUUGAACCAGUGUUGCCACUUCACCCUGGAAGAUAUGCUAUAUGCUGCUUCGUCCAUAAAGAGCAAUUAUCUGGUGUUUAUGGCAGAGCUCUUCUGGUGGUUUGAAGUUGUGAAGCCGUCAUUUGUGCAGCCUCGUGUUGUCUGUCCGCAAGGAGCUGAACCAAUGAAAGAUAUGCCUGUCUUGAACACUGCCAAAAGAAACACCUUGGAUAGUUCAUACAGUUCUGACUUCUCUCCAUGUGGGGAAGGAGCCACAUUUGCACAUUCCCAUCAUCUGUCUUCAAGAUAUUCACGACCACAAGCUCAUUCUUCUGCCUCGGGAGGAAUUCGAAGGUCUUCAUCGAUGUCUUAUGUUGAUGGCUUCAUAGGGACAUGGCCCAAAGAGAAAAGAUCAUCCGUGCAUGGAGUUUCAUUUGAUAUUUCUUUUGAUAAAGAGGAUGAUGUGCAGAGAUCCACUCCAAACAGAGGAAUGACACGUUCUGUUAGUAACGAAGGACUAACUCUGAACAACAGUCGUGGAUCUAAGCACAUUAGGAAAAAUUUGUCCUUCAAGCCUGUAAAUGGAGAAGAAGAAGCAGAAAGCAUUGAGGAAGAACUUAAUGCAGACUCUCACAGUGACCUCAAAUCGUACAUGCCCCUUAAUAGAAAUAAUCUCAAUGCUAAUGAGAACAUUCAUUACAAGCUUCCAAAUGGAGCUUUGCAAAAUCGAGUGCUUCUAGAUGAGUUUGCCAAUCAAAUCGAGACACCAAGCAUUGAGGAAGCGUUACAGAUAAUCCAUGAUACUGAGAAGCCUCCCCAUACACCCCAGCCGGACCAAGUCGCUAAUGGCUUCUUCCUUCAUAACCAGGAACUCAGUCUCCUGAAUUCAAACAUCAAACUAAACCAGUCUAGCCCUGAUAAUAUGACUGAUAUAAAAGGUGCCUUGAGUCCUAUAACAGACAACACCGAAGUAGACACUGGAAUUCAUGUUCCUUCAGAAGAUAUUCCUGAAACUAUGGAUGAAGAUUCUUCCUUGAGAGAUUACACUGUAAGUUUAGAUUCCGACAUGGAUGAUGCGUCUAAAUUUCUUCAAGAUUAUGAUUUGCGAACCUGCAACCCCAGAGAGUCUCUGAGUCCUUGUCCAAGUACCGUGAGCACCAAGUCUCAGCCAGGUAGCAGCGCCUCCUCGAGUUCUGGAGUUAAAAUGACCAGCUUUGCUGAACAGAAGUUCAGGAAACUGAAUCAUACCGAUGGAAAAAGUAGUGGAAGCAGUUCUCAGAAAACUACACCAGAAGGUUCUGAACUCAAUAUUCCUCAUGUGGUGGCUUGGGCACAAAUUCCAGAAGAGACUGGUCUUCCGCAAGGGCGGGAUACCACCCAGCUGUUAGCCUCUGAAAUGGUGCAUCUUAGGAUGAAGCUAGAAGAAAAGAGACGCACUAUCGAAGCCCAGAAGAAGAAAAUGGAGGCCGCUUUUACUAAGCAAAGACAGAAAAUGGGAAGAACAGCAUUUCUUACCGUAGUGAAAAAGAAAGGGGAUGGCAUUUCCCCUCUUCGAGAGGAGGCAGCUGGUGCAGAAGAUGAGAAAGUUUAUACCGAUCGAACAAAAGAAAAGGAUUCCCAGAAAGCUCAUGGGCAGAGGAGCAAGUCACUGGCGGACAUAAAAGAAAGCCUAGAGAGUCCUCAGCCCAAAUGGCUCAAGUCUCCAACAACACCUGUUGAUCCCGAGAAGCAGUGGAACCUGGCAAGCCCCUCAGAGGAAAAUUUAAAUGAAGGAGAGAUGAUAGAAUACACCAAAUCCAUCGAAAAACUCAAUUCAUCUCUGCAUUUUCUACAGCAAGAAAUGCAACGCUUGUCACUUCAGCAGGAGAUGUUAAUGCAGAUGAGGGAGCAGCAGUCUUGGGUGAUCUCGCCCCCGCAGCCCUCUCCACAGAAACAGAGUCGAGAUUUUAAGUCUUCUAGGCAGACGGGCCUGUCCUCAGCCGUCGCCCCUUUCUCAUCAGACUCCCCUCGCCCUACUCACCCAUCACCUCAGUCUUCUAACAGGAAGAGCGCAUCCUUUUCUGCUAAAAGUCAAAGGACUCCUAGGCCAAAUGAAUUAAAAAUAACGCCUUUGAAUAGGACACUGACCCCGCCUAGGUCUGUGGAUAGUCUCCCACGGUUAAGAAGGUUUUCACCCAGCCAAGUUCCUAUUCAGACUCGGUCAUUUGUAUGUUUUGGGGAUGAUGGAGAACCUCAGUUAAAGGAAUCCAAACCUAAAGAGGCCGUUAAAACGGAAGAGUUGGAAUCCAAAGAGACUGUGGAGCAGCAGGGGCAGAAUUCAGAAGGAAAGAAGAUCAGACCUCUUGAAUCUACAGUUUCUGAAGUUCUGUCACAGCCGAUCACAGAGACAGUAUGUCUGACUCCAAAUGAGGACCAGCUGAGCCAAUCCACAGAGCCUCACUCUAAACCCAUUUUCCCACCUCCUGCUCCUAAAACUGUUAAUCUGAUUGAAGUUUCCCUCUCGGACUUGAAACCCCCUGAAAACACUGACGUGGCUGUUGAAAAAUAUGAUGGAGAAAGUGAUAAGGAACAGUUUGAUGACGACCAGAAAGUAUGCUGUGGAUUCUUUUUUAAGGAUGACCAAAAAGCAGAAAAUGACAUGGCAAUGAAACGGGCAGCUCUGUUGGAAAAACGGUUACGGAGGGAAAAAGAGACUCAGCUUCGGAAACAACAGCUAGAAGCGGAAAUGGAGCAUAAGAAAGAGGAGACAAGGCGUAAAACUGAGGAAGAACGUCAGAAGAAAGAAGACGAGAGAGCUCGAAGAGAGUUUAUUAGGCAAGAAUACAUGAGGCGAAAGCAGCUGAAGCUAAUGGAAGACAUGGACACAGUAAUUAAACCCCGUCCUCAAAUAGCAAAACAAAAAAAACCGCGCCCAAAAUCUAUUCACAGAGAUCAUGUGGAGUCCCCCAAAACGCCAGUCAAAGGUCCUCCAGGAUCACGACUUUAUCGUGUCUUUUCAGUCUCUAGCCUCUCUUUGGCAUCACUGAAUACGGGCGACACUGAGAGCGUACAGUCAGGAAAGCAGACGCCGAGAUCAGAGUCUGUAGAAGGCUUCUUGUCUCCGAGUCGUUGUGGCAGUCGCAAUGGAGAAAAGGACUGGGAAAAUGCAUCCACAACUUCUUCAGUGGCUUCUGGAACAGAAUACACAGGACCAAAGCUUUACAAAGAGCCUAGUGCAAAAUCCAAUAAGCAUAUAAUCCAAAAUGCUUUAGCUCACUGCUGCUUGGCUGGGAAAGUAAAUGAAGGUCAGAAGAAAAAGAUACUAGAGGAAAUGGAAAAGUCAGAUGCCAACAACUUCUUAAUCUUGUUUCGGGAUUCAGGCUGCCAGUUCAGAUCUUUGUAUACUUACUGCCCAGAAACUGAAGAAAUUAAUAAACUUACUGGGAUAGGCCCAAAAUCUAUCACUAAAAAAAUGAUCGAGGGACUUUACAAAUAUAACUCUGACAGAAAACAGUUUAGCCACAUACCUGCAAAAACUUUAUCUGCCAGCGUGGAUGCAAUUACAAUACAUAGCCAUUUGUGGCAGACCAAGAGACCAGUGACUCCGAAAAAACUUUUAACCCACUAGAACAUAGGAGUUGGAAAAUACUUGCUUCAGAACAUUUGUGGUAAAUUUGCACUUCAUAUUUCCUGCCUGUAGAAAGUCUUUCUAAUUGCCAACAAAACUUUUAUUAAUUGAAACUGGACAUUAAGCUCUGCUGUCAGGAGCAACUGGAAUGUAUCCCACAGUAUUUUGGAGAGCGGCAGAUUCUCGCUUAGGUGGUAAGUCCGAGCAGUGAAGAGAAGGUUUUGACUCGCAAGUGUUAGAGUUGUGUCUGUCAGUGGGUUCACGUGCUUGAGAUUAGAUCACUGAAGCACUGAAUUCUCAUGGACACUAGUUGAUUGGUCUUGGGAUUGAAUUAUGGUUAAAACUACAAGUUAUGUGUUCUGUUGCCUUUUUAUUUUUAAUGUGCGUGCUUGUCUUCAGAUGGUUUAUUUUGCUAUUUUCCUCUGUAUUUGUUUCAUGUGACAAUCAUGAGAGUAGGAAAUACACCUUCACAGGUAACUUGCACCUUUCUUAUGAUGCUGAGAGGAACACUAGUGUUGAGUUUUACAGUUAUCCUUGCAUUUUGAUGGUGUUAGAACAUUUUUGAGAAUUAUUCUAAGUAUUUACAAUCCUGUAUUUAUUAUUCACUCAAGUAUUAACAUUCUUUAUUAAAUAAAAGGAAGUGUUUAAAGAGCUGCUAGUAGGUUCGCUUGAAACCACAUGAGCUUAACCAACAGUAUGUCUAAGAAUUUGCUGAUUAAAUCAGUGCUGUUUCUACACCACGUCUGGCCAACUCAGAAUAAUCUAGAUUAUUGUUUUAACAAAAAAGGCUUUCUAUCUCUUUUAAAGUAAGUCACUUUAUAAGCUGGCUGAAGUGAAUGACACUUUGAGAGUAGUCUUUCAACCAGAAGAUGUAAGACUUCCUGCCACACACUUCAAGAGGUCUUUACAUUAUAUUUAUAACUGAUAUAAAAAAUAUAUUUAGAAUUUUUAAACAUGUACAAAGGGCUACAUUUUAAUUUUAAAAUAGCUUCACGUUAAUUUACUUGUAUUUGAGGUUUUUCUUCCUUUUGUAUCCUCGUCAGGUGGGACAGCUUAGAUUAAAUACACACUUGCAAUAUCUCCUCUUCGUGAUCUCCUCUUUGUGAUCCAUUUUCAGUGUAUUCCAGAGGGUUAGUUGGGGGGAAACUUCAUUCUCAGGAAAAGACUUGAAUGAUUAUGUGACCCUGUUAUGUUGCAGUGUUGUGACAACUGUGUAAACUUAGGGUGAAGACAGUAGUGUAUCAUAAAUGAAAGGUGUAGUUUGUUUUCUUUUAUGGGAAGUAGAGACUAAAAUAUAUACAUUUCUCUGAGUUGUUUAGAGGAAUAACUAAUAUCUCAUAUGAUGUAUUUACUUAUUUAAAAAAAAAAAAAAGAUAGGAAUGAGGUGUCCCGAAGCUGUACUUUUCUAUUAUUAUAAGGCCAUUGGGCAACAGUGUGUCUGGGUUAUCAACAUUUUCUCAAAUGCUGUCAAUAUCUUACUGUAAUUUAUGUUCUUAUAUUUAUGUAUAUUUGUUAAAACUGUAAAAAAAAAUAUUCACAGAUUUUUUUUUCCAAUACCUGUGCAAGAUAUAUGUGUAGCUCAGAAUUCUUUGUGACCUGCUGUUUGCAUGUGAGAGACCAGGAUAUGUAAUUUGCAUAUUUUAAGAGUAUACAUAAUUGUGUAUAUAACAUAUGACUAUUAAAAAUGGGAAAUCGCACAUUUUACCUUUCAGACAACAGUUUCUAUCACAGGUAGAAUGAAAUGAUUAUCAGAUACAUGUUUAGAUUUAAACUAGUUAAAAUGAAUCUAAUCAGAAUAUGACAAAUAGUCAAAAGGAGCCUAGUAUUUGUAUUACUAAAUUUACUCUCUUCAGUCAGUUAAAUUUCCCUUAUCAAAGCAAUCUUCUUCACGAUACUAUUGGCCAUUACAUUUUUAAUUGGAUGCAAGGCAGUGGAGGAAUUAACAGGACCAACCCCUUUUAUAUUCCAGUUUAUGUGCAGUGGAUGUCCACGUGUCAAAAGGUAGAAUGUGACUCUUGCCUCAAAGCUCACUGCUCUCAGUGUAGUCUAUUAUGCAGAAGGAAUGUGGCUUUCUUCCUUUACAUCUACAGUGUUUUUUUUUUAUUAUGGUGCAGCUUCUGUUGGAUUAUGUUUUCUAUAAUGCACACAUGAGAAUUAUGCUACUUGAUAAAGACUGGGGAUUUUAUCAACUUUAUGGGAACACAGUGGUGCUGUGGUCAAAUUAUUACAAUAUUCAAUUAAGUUUGCCAAACCUUUAUCAUCAUAGCAGUGUAGCCCUCAGGUUCUGCUAGUUGACAGUUUGGGAAAGACUUGAUUUUUCUCAGUUUGCAGCUUUGCUGUAGGAUGACUGUUCCAGUUCUUAUUUGGCUGUUUAAAGCCAGAUUCAGCUUCUAAUCACAGUUUGCUGAGCACUGUCAGGCACUGUACAGUGUGUGGUGUGCUUCCGGUCCACUCCAGGGCAUUGCUUCCAAGUGUGUGCUGUAAAAUGCUGUCAUACUUGCUCCCUCCUGGUACAGUGUAGUUUCCCCCUUCAUUUGAAUAAAAGCAUGGCACCAAAUGA